AUGGACACCAGCCCUCAUGGACACCAGCAGGCCCUCGUGGACACCAGCAGGCCCUCAUGGACACCAGUUGGCCCUCAUGGACACCAGCAGGCCCUCGUGGACUCCAGCAGGCCCUCGUGGACACCAGCAGGCCCUCGUGGACUCCAGCAGGCCCUCGUGGACUCCAGCAGGCCCUCGUGGACACCAGCAGGCCCUCGUGGACACCAGCAGGCCCUCGUGGACACCAGCAGGCCCUCGUGGACACCAGCAGGCCCUCGUGGACACCAGCAGGCCCUCGUGGACACCAGCAGGCCCUCGUGGACACCAGCAGGCCCUCGUGGACACCAGCAGCCCCUCAUGGACACCAGCAGGCCCUCGUGGACACCAGCAGCCCCUCAUGGACACCAGCAGGCCCUCGUGGACUCCAGCAUUCCCUCGUGGACACCAGCAGCCCCUCAUGGACACCAGCAGGCCCUCGUGGACUCCAGCAGGCCCUCGUGGACACCAGCAGGCCCUCGUGGACACCAGCAGGCCCUCGUGGACACCAGCAGGCCCUCGUGGACACCAGCAGGCCCUCGUGGACACCAGCAGGCCCUCGUGGACACCAGCAGGCCCUCGUGGACACCAGCAGGCCCUCGUGGACACCAGCAGGCCCUCGUGGACACCAGCAGGCCCUCGUGGACACCAGCAGCCCCUCAUGGACACCAGCAGGCCCUCGUGGACUCCAGCAGGCCCUCGUGGACACCAGCAGGCCCUCGUGGACACCAGCAGGCCCUCGUGGACAUCAGCAAGAGACUAUGA